AAUGGGUGUUGUCCGUCCUGACUAUGCGACCUGAACACGUACCGAAGUCUUGAUUCAUCAAUAAAUGUAGAGAGCAGUGCACGUCGUCUGUUUAGUGUUGUUGUAAGAGUUGCAGCAAGUGAUCGUUGAGCGGCUAAUCGAAUGUUCCGGAUUGGAGAGUCUACAACCAGUACGAAAGCUAAUUAUCCGAUGGGAGUCGAUUCUGACGAUCAGUAACCUCCUAGUGGAUCAGACAUAUGUCCAAGAGUUACACUUGGGACUUGGGAAGAUCGAUGGCUCAAAGGAAAUAGAUCUGUUAAGUUGACUUCCGAAAAAUCCUCACCUCUUUCAGUAUGGAAGACGCAAAUCCAGCGUGUGGGGAACGGGACCUGGAGCUUGCGAAGCUGCUAAAAUGUAUCAAUACUGUUGGGAAAAGAGUUAUGUGUGAUGUAGCAAAGAGAAUGUAUUCCUGUGAUAAAAUGAAUACAAACAAUGGCAGUAAACCUCUUAGGCGUUAUAUGUAUGAAAAAAAUCUCCAGGUCACAUUUGAGGACAGUGAUUUCUUGCUCGACUGCAACAUCAGAAACAGAAAAUUUGAUUUACCAUCCGCAUGUAAAAUAAUUACAGACGUAUGUAAAGAUGUGUAUGAAGAACUAAGUGACCACUGUAAGACGAAAAUCGCAUUUAUUGCUCAGAUAACCGAUCAGCUAUGCUUUGAGUACAGCAAAAACCCAACCAUCUUAGAAAUACAGGCAAGAGCGAGGGAUUUGAAAGUAGCGUUGAAUGAUAUUUACAAGGGCGUCGCUAAAACUUUAAACAAGGGAGUACCCAAAAGUAAGCGAAUUGAUUUUACUAUUCAGAUCCAGGAAAUGACAGAGUCGCUCCAAAAUAUUAUGGCGGCCCAAGCGCACGGGAAUUUAAAGUUUGUGGAUGAGUUUAAAGAAAAACUGUUUUUCAAGAUAGUACAAUCAGCAACGAGUGAAAUACUCCAAGCAUACGGCGAACACCGAAAAUACAAAGUUCUCAAUCCAUGUACUAGGACUGACGACAGUGGAGAAAAUAGAUUUGAUUUAGAGACAGUGUUUACUUUGCCUGAACUGACUCAGACACACUCCAACAUUGAAAUGUCCACAAUCCUUACUACCCAGUCAUUAAAAGGUGGUAAAUGGAUGAUCCCAGAAACAAUCAUUAUAAAAGGUGAAGCCGGUUCUGGGAAAACAUCACUUUGUCGUUUUAUUGUUCACACCUGGACGAAACAAGAGGAGAGAGUUUCAGGUGUUACUAAAUUUCAUCUAUUACUUUUAGUGGAAAUUAGUAGAACAACUGCAGUGAGCCUUGAAGAGUUCUUGAAAACGCAGUUGAUGCGGCAUACGAUGGAGAAGUUUCAGACGAAAGACGUUAUAGAGGCAAUGGAGAAAAUGAAUGUUCUUAUUGUUAUUGACGGAUACGAUGAAAGAACUAAGACCACUGAUAAGCUGUUGAAUGAUAUUUAUAAAACAUUCCAAAAAACCAGAAUUAUUUUGACCUCCAGAACUUGUGCCCUUAACAGUGCUUUAAAUAUAGUUAAUAAGCAUAAUGUCCAUUCCCUCUUGAUUGACCUAAAGGGUUUUAACGCUGAAAGCCGAAAACAUUACAUCACCAAAGUUUUUGAAGGAAUUCAAGUCCCCACCAAAGGGAUGGAGGAGAAUCGUGAAAGGUUUCAAAUGUAUAUUGACGGACGAGGGCAAAUGCUGAGAGAACACUUGAAACUGCCUCUGACAAUAGCUUUACUGAUAGUUUUGUGGUUAGAUGAUCCUGAAAAUGUGAAUAAUGUAACCACUAUAACUUCUUUAUACCAAGAAUUAUUCAACCUAUUCCAGAAAAAAUUAAUGGAACGCCUGGUUUCUCAAGGCAAAUUUAGAAAGGCAGUUAAAGUGCCGCCUCUCUUAGAGGAACUUCUUCUCAAGUUGGGUGAACAAGCAUGGAAUAUGCUCAGAGAAGCAGUAGAUCCAGAACUACCGCAAGAAUAUGAAGGAAAAAUCACGAAAGAAUGCAAACAACGUGAAAUAGAUUCGACGGAAUUUUUGUGUGCCUUUCUCAAGUGCGAAAUUGAAGCGGAUAGAGAUGAUAAACGAAAUGUGUAUCUUUUCCUUCACAGGACUCAGACUGAGUAUGUUGCAGCAUUAUAUUUAGCUGACCUCAUUCAUGAAGGAAAGAACGGAGCACUGCAAAAAAUUGCCAAUGAAAUAGAAGAUUGGGAGCAAUAUCAGCAAUUGCUCCUUUACUUGACUGGUAAUUUGGCUCUUAGAAAUACUCUGAAGGGAUUAGAGAGUGAAGUUUUAGACCUGAUUGCUAGAGGAAAUGUCAACUACUCUUAUUACUCGUAUUGGUGGAACUUGGUUUCUGAAAGCAUAAUUAACUAUGAAAUUCGUGAGCUCCCAAGCUACAGUAUCCAUUAUACAGGUCUUGUUCAUCCUAAAAUUGGAGAAAUCAUUGCUACUGAGGACAGGUUUCUAUCUAGAUAUGUUGUGUGGGAGCCAAAUGAUAGUAAUAUUGCUGCUGCUCUGAGGUUAAUUGCCCUUAUUCCAGUACAUGUAGCAACCUUGAAGAUUGAGAUUCCAGACAAUAUAGAACCCUUUGAUAUUUCCGAUUUCAUAGAAGCUAUAGAAGAAGUUGGAGAACACAAAGUUGACAGUAAAACACGGAUUGCAACUGAACUGAAACUCAAUAGACAUGUGCUACCAAGAACUACAAAUGGUUCUGAUAGGUUCCUCCUUGCAACACAAAGUUGGGCCAAACUAACAGUAUUUUCUGGUUCCUUAAAACAUGAAAUGAAUUUGCGUGGAAUGUUUCCAAAACUGAAAAACAUUCAUUGCAAAAUAGCAAACCCGGACAUACUGAAGUCUUUCAAAAAUCUUACAAACACUGUUAGAAUUCUACGCAUCACAAUUAGUUUUUCACAGGACAAUUGUUCUCCCAGUGAUCUUCAGGCUCUACGUUUUACUGGAACGCUUGAAUUCACAUUUCAUAGCAUUAAAGAGGAAAACAGCCAGUGGAUGGUGGAUGUCCUAAUAAAACUUGCAGGACAAUGUGGUUUUGAGAGGCUGUGCUUAGAAGACAGUGAGCUGAGUUAUGAAAACCUCGAGUCAGUAGUCUCUCAACUAAACGGCCAUCUACAUAAUGGACUGAGAGUGAAUCGAGUUGGCGAUCCUGAUGAUGACAAGGAACAGCGACUGAACAAAAUGGCUUACUUUAACAUUGAUUGGAAAGACUAACACCUAUUAGGGGAUUUUUUUUAUAAUACAAAUAGCUACAUAAUCCUAGAGAGUAAACAGAAAACAAAGACAUGUUGCUCAAAUGGCUAAAUUAUUUGCCAGAGGCCAGCUGUAUUACUUUUACUGCUCAUGUGCCCUCAAGUUACUCUCAAAAUUCCAAAACCUGUCACUGUGUGCACUGUAGUGUGCGUCUCUCCUGUACUUGCCAACUUGAUGAUCAGUAGAAGAUUUAAUCUUGCAACAUUUCAUAAAAGUUAAAACUAAGAUUCCAUUAUUCAUCAUGCAACAAAAAAAAAAUUUUCCAAGUGAUACCUGCAAGUUACUUUCUACAUCACCAGUGUCCAAUAUUUACCGAGUUUCCCCACCCGAGGGUUAGUUUUCUCUCCGUCCGCCCUUCAGACCGAAAACUCUGUUGAGGCUACAAGGCUGCAAACUGGUAUGGUGAUCGUCCAUCCAAUCAUGAAACAUACCAAAUUCCAACCCUCUAGCCUCAGUGCUUAUUUUAUUUAAAAUUAAAGUUAGCCAAAAUCGCACUUCUGGCAGCGCUAUAAUUAUCAACAACAUAGGCCACCACUGGACAGGAAACUCGAUUGUGCCAAGGAACUCCGGCGCAUUUUUUACUUGUUUAGUGCUGUUCUCAGGCUGGCAUGCUGAUGAUUUUGAGCGAAACCCCUCUUACUCUCAGUGCUGUGAAUCCGUGAAUGAGACAAACAAAGCUUUGUUCAGAUCAGUCAGUUGAUUAGAAAAAUUCUCUUCCCCUCAAUCAUUUACUUUUAACUUCCCAAAUGUGAAAACUCAAUUGGUCACGGUUGCCAGCACUUAAAAGUUUCAGCGUAAACAGCAGAAAGCAAUAGUUUUAGGAUCACAUUGGCCUACUACUGGGCCAAAUAUGCCCUCUCUAAUGAGCACCUCUUUUAGGUGUGUGUAUAAUUUACUCAUCUUGUAUAAAAUAUUGUACUCCUAUACGCUCAAGCUUUCGUGACGUGAUUAAAUGCCACCUCCACGAGUUUAGGCUUUUUCCUCUGGUCUGUAACCAAGUUCGCAUUAUUUUCCAUGUUGGUUCUACAAUUUUUUUUUUUUUUGCUUAAGGACAACAUCACUUUCUCUGUAAAUAUCAGGUCUUCACUCUUUAAAAUAUAUUGGACUAUUUUCUGAGCGGUGUUUCACAUAGCCAUAAAUUAAAUUUCCUCGUGAUCGAGCAGCUGUUAACAGCUUAUUGUAACAUUCAUUUUAAAAAAUGCCGUCUCUGGUUUUGUUUUGUUUUUUAAUCGUGGUUAAUACUUCCUUCUUUAGGAUUUAGUGUCCCAGUUGUUUUCUAUGGUUUAUUAUAUAUAAAUAAUUUCCUUUUCCCAAAAAGUUUUACAUCUAUCUCAUCACCUCCCUUGGUGUCUGAUGCCUUCAAUUUCUCGCUUCUUUCCUUAUGGAUACUAAUGCUAUUCAUAGCAUAUGGUUAUUGAUUCAGUCAGUCUUGACUAGGGAUUUAGUAUCAGAAGAAAGCAAAAAAGGCUUCUUAAUAUAAAAAAAAGUAUAUCAUGACUAUUAUUGUUAUUAUGAUCCAUUCAUACUGUAAAUGAUCUGAUUGGGUAACUGCAUGGACUACAUAUUGCUUAUAUAUGCUACUGGCAAAAAAUGCAAUGGAUUGCACUGUAUUAUUUUAAGGAGUGUAUUCAUUGUCAUUGUUGUUGAUUUUAUUGUUAUAACUAAUAAUGAUUUAUACAAACAUCAGCCAGAGGAUAUCCCUAGCAGUUUGAAAUAUUCAAAUGUUAAGUAUUCUAAUGAUCUAAUCAUGUAAUUUUUUCUGCUUUAUUUCCAUCCUUCUUUCCAACGAAAACUGGUAUCACAUGAUCUGUUUCGUGAGCCCGUCAAAUUCCUUCAGAUAUGCAGAUAUGUAAUAUCAGUAAUUGAAAACUCGCAUCAUUCUUGACGAUGCAGAAGGUUAAUUAAGCAGCCAUGUGAGAUAUGGCAAUUUUAGCUCAAAUGUCUUAACAUGCGAGUACAUCGAUCAAUAUUGUCUGUUUCUUGCACAUAGUUUUGAUCAGCUGAUAUCCAGUUUUCAUAGUUCUCAGUUUUACCCUCAAAUUGUGUAAUGACAAAUUGUUCCCCAAGACUAGUGGAAACGAGGCCUUUGUGGGAGAAAACCGGUCAUCCAUCCGGUUGAACAUGAGUUUGUCAUUUUUCUCUCUUUUAGGAAAUUGGAGAGCUUCUAUAUGAACUUUACUGUGUUUGUAACCUUUUAUAUUGUAAGUUUGACAAUGGAUCUAAACUACCAGAUAGCCCUGUUUGUUUCAAGCAUGUAAUUAUCCCUGCAAUUGCUAAUACAAGAGUGUACGAUCA